AUGUUAUCCCAAGCAUUUAAGAAGCAGAUAGCCAAUCAGAUCAGGCAUUACACAAGAUACUCGAAAAACAGCCAAAUAUACUUGCACGAACUGCCUGGCAGAGUCAUUGCGAAUCUAUCGCAGAACCCAGCAGCAACUGCGAUUGGCUACUCUCCAUCGACCGACAUAGAUCCCAACACCUUCCUGGUGAACAAAAAGUUCGUUGAUUUGCUCAAUUCUACAAUCCAUGAAUCCAUCCAUAAGGACUUUACUUUCAUCAUCGAAGCGGGUGCCAGUGCCCUGACUUUCAUGCCUAUCUACGAUUUCCGUGAAGUGCCCAGAUACUCACGUACACCUGAAGUCGACAGCAUUUUUGGAUAUGUUUUGGUUGAUGAUGGCGGCAAGAUUGUUCCACAAACGUUUGACCCUAAUUCGAUGUACAGAGUGUGCAAUGGUGCUGGGUUGAUUAAGUUGAGUGACUACUUGCACGAGCAAAUGAAGAACAUUACGGAAGCUGAGGCCAAGUCGUAA